AAAAUAAAUGUUUUCAAUAUGACCAUAACAUCCAAGGAAUUCAGUGAUUUAUUACAAUAUUUCUCAGUUAACAAUUCAUCCAAACACAUCAUAUCGCUGGCUUUAACAGCCAACGAGUCAUUUGUUGUGGGCUUUAAACAGCAGAGUGUUACAUUCGAGCAUCCACCCUGGGAUUUACUGGACGAAGAAAAUUCGUCAGCGUCUUCACUCUUCAAUCAGUAUAUCGAUAAUUCCACCUCCUUGCAAUAUGCCAGCAAUGAUACCUUUGCAAAUCGUACGAAAAUUAUUGUUAAGCCCAGGAUUAGUACGGAAAUACCCAUAUGGCUGAUACCAUGCUACAGCAUCAUACUGAUAUUUGCCAUAAUUGGCAAUUUAUUGGUGGCCUCAACGUUGUUUCAGAACCGUCGUAUGCGUACAAUAACGAAUGUGUUUUUAGCAAAUCUAGCUAUUUCCGACAUGCUGCUGGGUGUCCUGUGCAUGCCCAUCACACUGGUGGGAACGUAUUUGAGACAUUUCAUUUUCGGUGAAUUGGUGUGUAAAUUUAUACAAUUUGCUCAGGCUGCCUCUGUAGCUGUUUCAUCGUGGACUUUGGUGGCAAUAUCAUGUGAACGUUAUUAUGCCAUUUGUCAUCCACUACGCUCAAGGACGUGGCAGACUAUAAAUCAUGCAUAUAAAAUAAUUGGUUGCAUUUGGUUUGGCAGCAUCAUUUGUAUGGCACCAAUAGCCAUUUUCAGUCAAUUGAUACCGACAAGUCGUCAGGGUCUACGAAAAUGUCGCGAACAGUGGCCAGAAGAAGCUGUUGGCUACGAACGUUUCUACAAUAUAUUUUUGGAUCUCGUGUUACUGGUGCUCCCUUUGGCCAUAUUGUGUGUUGCGUACAUCCUAAUAACACGCACAUUGUAUUUGGGAAUCAAGGAUGAGAAAGCACUUAUAUUUGGUAAUAAAAACAAUAAUAUGAGCCAUGGUGCAGCAGGAGAUGCAAAAGUCUACACACAAGUUGAAGCUGAAAUGAAAACACCAACCGUCUUUAAUUUAAACAUGUCAUUUCGUUAUCAAACACGUAAAGGUGCCAGCAGUGCGUUGACAGGAUCAGGUGGUUGUGUCAAUAAUGGCGAUACAUUGCAAAUGGCCAAAUCAGCAGCAACUAAUGGUAGAGAAACGAAAUAUUUUACGAGCAGCAGUACAGGUGCAGAAAAUAAAUAUUCCGCAAUGGGUUCCAUUGCACCAUCAGCAGCGGGAUCAGUCUAUGGCCGGAGAGGAAUGUGUUUAAAUACAACAGCAAAUAGUCAAGCGGAAACGGAAAUUUCAUUUAAAGAAACAAAAGAGCAAAGUAAUAAUCUACAAGCACCGUCAUCUUUGCGUCAGGACUACAAUGAUGAUAUCACACAAAUAGGUGGUUGUGAUUCAGGCGAAGUUGAAGUAGCUGCCGUAACGGCAAUUGCAGUGCCACAAACAUCAACGACAGCAGCUAAUAGACGUAAAUUCACAAACUCAAAUAGAUCUAACGAUGGUCGCCACUCACAAUUGUAUUGUAUGCGAUCAGCAUCUGUGAAAUCGCUGAAUCGGAAUAGCAGCAAGGCAAGAGCAGAGGGUCAGGAUGCAGCGUCCACAUCAUGUUACUCAUUAAAUACGAUGCCCACAUCACACACCACUAGACUACAACAAAGGCGAAGUUUUAUUCAAAAGCAACAGCAUCUACAGCAGCUGCCAUUUCAUCAACAUCAACAGCAGCAAACAAGCGAUGUGCUGGAAAAGCGUAAAUUAAAUUCAGUGCCCAGUUUACGCAUCACCGAAUCGGCACUUAGAAGAUCCAAUCUCGAAAAGAAUUUGGAGAGUAAGAAACGUGUCGUUAAAAUGCUUUUUGUUUUAGUUCUGGAGUUCUUUAUUUGCUGGACACCCUUGUAUGUCAUCAAUACGGUGGCCAUGUUUAUUGGUCCCGCCAUCUACGAGUAUGUGGACUAUACAACGAUAAGUUUUUUCCAACUGCUGGCCUACUCAUCGAGCUGUUGCAAUCCCAUCACCUACUGCUUCAUGAACGCCAGUUUUCGUCGAGCUUUUGUUGAUACCUUCAAGGGGAUGCAUUUAAAUGGUGGCAGUUUUUGGCAUAAGAGUUCAAAGGCUGCAACAAAUCUCUCAGUGGCCGGCAAUUCAAUUGCACUGGCCAACAGCUGUACCGUAAUGACGGCAAAUACUGUACUGGACAGUCCUAGACUUUGA